GGAGAAUUGUGAUCCAUGGGGGGAUAGAUGGGUACAGUAGGAAAAUCAUGUACCUGCAUGCAAGUGACAACAAUAGAGCCUUGACUGUUCUAUCUUCAUUUGUUGGUGCUGUGCAACUCUUUGGGGUACCUAAAAGAGUGCGUAGUGAUAAAGGUGGAGAGAAUGUUGAGGUGGCACGCUUUAUGCUUGAGCAUCCAGAUAGAGGAACAGAAAGUUUCAUCACUGGACGCAGCGUGCAUAAUCAGCGAAUUGAAAGACUUUGGAGAGAUGUUUGGUGUGCUGUGACAGUCAACUAUCACUCUGCACUCCAACAUCUCUCCAGCACCGGUGCUCUCAAUCCUGAUAAUGAACUUGAUAUCAUUUGUCUUCAUUAUGUGAUGCUCCCAAGAAUCAAUAUGCAUCUCCAGCUCUUCAAGCAAGCAUGGGAUCGGCAUCCAAUUUCCACAGAGCAUGGGAGGUCACCACAGCAGUUAUGGAUUGAAGGGCAGUUACGGAACAGCGAUCAAAUUUGUGACCCACUGUCUGAGCAGACAUAUCUCGAAGAACACAGCAUUGACUGGGAGGGACCAACACCAGUGGAUGAUGAUGACAUAAUUGAAGUUCCCCCACCACCUGAGAAUCUGCACAGUGCUGUUUUCCAGUUUCUUCAAGGAAGAGUGGAUCCACUUGGCACUAGCACUUGCUUUGGAGUUGACAUUUUCUUGGAGGCAUUAAGGGUUUCAAGGGAGCAAUUGGAUUACAGUUUCUAACAUGUAUAACUUUAAAUGAGGGUCACCAUAGCCUGGUCCCUCUAAACUAAAUCAUUGUAUUGUAGCAAUUUCGCUGUGUAUUCUAAAAAUCUGCAAAUUAGUUUACUAUUAUGAUUACUAGUUAAUACUAAAGCUUGCCAGCCUACUGUAUGACCACAACAGUGAAAG